UUCGUCGAUUGCCAUUCACGUUGGACUUAUUUGCAUCAUAUUAAACUUGAACAACGUCUUGUAGGUGCCCCGCCAGGAGCAUAUGCAUGUAAAUUUGCCGAAACGUGUCACAUGAGAGGUCGUAGAUGUGCUGGAUGUGGGUCUUGGCCUGCCGUCGGAACGCGGCUUCAUCCUGGGGAUGCAUAUGCUUUGGCAUGUCAAAAUCGUUGGCUUCCACGCUCAACGGGGACAGCGUCCCGUCUCGAACAAACGUUUGGCUGUUGAUAUACAAAGUCCGAUACAUCCACCGCCCCGCGCUCGCAAUAUACUCAAAGUCGUACCAAAAAGUGAUAUAUAUCACUUUUCAUGUCUUCGUGACAUACCACAGCAUGCGCGUCCGCUGCCGCGACCCGACCAUCCAAUACGCCUCGUCGUCGUGAAUCUGCUGCGCCACCACCACACACCGCGUGGGUGUGCUGAAGUCCCCCACCAGCACAUUGAACCACUCGCCUUUGGAGUUGGUCAGUUGGUGCAACGCCGUGGUCUUGGUUUGCUCUUGCACCGUCUACAAAUUCGAUAACAUCAAUCAAAUGUCCACAUUGAAUAAUGAUAUCACAUCAAUCAAGUGUCCACAUUGAAUAAUGACAUCACAGAAAUCAAAUGUCCACAUUGAAUAAUGAAAUCACAGAAAUCAAGUGUCCACAUUGAAAAAUAA